AGUCAAGAAAAAUAAAGAGAGAGAGAGAGAGGGAGAGCGGACGAGCGAGCGAGUGAGAGAGAAGAGAUUCGUUCAAGAGUAGUCACGUGAAUACAAUGCUCAGCAGGCCAAGAAAAUGACAACUAUGAUCUUCCUCCAAAAGCAGUCAGUCUGGGAAUGCUCAAAACAGGCAAACAGAAUCAGAACAACACAGAUGUGACAGAGACGGGGAAGCAAGGAAUCAGGGGUAAACCAAGAUUCUAGGACACUUUCUUCAGACAUUCCAGAGACCAAGAUGGUUAACAGAAAGAUAAAUGUGUGCCAACAAACAUGGGCUUUAUUUUGCAAGAAUCUGCUUCGAAAAAAGAGAAUGAAGAGAGACACUUUUUUGGAACUCCUGUACACAGCAAUUAUACUAUUCUGUUUAGCUGUAUAUCCUGAAAUUAAUAGACUUGAGGAUUUUUCAUCACUGCCUGAUGUGGACCUGGGGCGUAUCGACUCAUUUAACGACUCCACCUUUUCGAUUGCAUACACGCCUGUCACCCCCACAACUCAGAGCAUAAUGAAUAAAGUCUCUUUGGUCUCCUACAUGACAGGAAGAAAAAUCUUGGCUUUUCCAAAUGAAGAAAAUAUGACAGAACUCAUUUCAGUCCAUUAUGGCGAUGUAGUGAGGGUCAUAUUCACUGACAAUUACUCCUAUCAUUUGAAGUUUCUGAAGGAGACAAGGAUCCCAAACACGAAGGAACACCAGGACCACACAGAUCAUUGUCAUUCAUAUGAAGAAAAUAUUAUUUGCGACGUUUCAUACUUCUGGAGACAUGGGUUUGUGGCUAUCCAAGCUGCCAUUAAUGCAGCCAUCAUAGAAGUCACAACAAAUCACUCAGUGAUGGAAGAGAUGAUGUCAAUCACUGGAAAAUACAUGAAGGUAGAGCCUUUCAUCGUCCAAGGAGGAACCACGAUUGAUUACUUCCUUUUUUUCUAUAUUAUUUGUUUCUCCCCACUCACCUAUUAUGUCUCAGCCGGUAUUACACGAGAAAGGAAAAGGUUGAAGGGCUUGAUGACAGUGAUGGGUCUUCGAGAUUCAGCGUUCUGGCUGUCCUGGGGUUUGCUCUAUGGUGUCAUCGUCUUCAUAGUGGCCCUCCUCUUGACAUUUGUUGUGAAAUGGGUCCAAUUUAUCAUUUUGACUGGAUUCAUGGUGAUCUUCAGUCUCUUUUUCUUCUAUGGCUUAUCUUUGGUCUCUUUGUCUUUUUUGUUGAGUGUCUUACUAAAGAAGUCUUUCCUCACUGACUUUAUGGUGUUCUUCUUCACUAUUUUAUGCGGAAGUCUGGGAUUCACAGCAUUGUACAGAUACCUUCCUGUGUCCUUGGAGUGGACUCUAACUUUGCUCAGCCCCUUUGCCUUUAUGCUGGGAAUGUCCCAGCUCUUACACUUGGAUUUUGAUGUGCAUUCUAACGCAGACCCAAUGGACAACGCAAAUAUAAUCAUUGCCACGAUUUUCAUGCUGUUCUUUGACAGUGUCCUCUACCUGAUGCUGACAUUUUACUUUGAAAAGGUUUUACCAAGUGACUAUGGACGGCGGCACUCGCCCUUGUUUUUCCUGAAGUCCUCCUUUUGGUCACCCCAAAAUCGACCUGAGCGGAUGGCCCUGGACAAUGAAAUGGACUAUGAGUUUUCUGACGACUCUUUCGAACCUGUGUCUACAGAAUUCCACGGGAAGGAGGCUAUCAGAAUCAGAAGUCUUACAAAAGACUAUGUAGAAAGGUCUAAACGCACAGAAGCUUUGAAAGAUCUGACAUUGGAUAUAUAUAAAAGCCAGAUUACUGCGAUCCUUGGUCACAGUGGAGCUGGGAAAUCAACACUGCUGAACAUUCUAAGUGGGUUGUGUGUUCCCACCAAAGGUUGUGUCACUAUCUAUAAUAAUAAACUCUCAGAAAUGAUUGACCUGGAAAGUAUCAGCAAACUCACUGGAGUUUGUCCACAGUGUAACGUACAAUUUGACUUCCUCACCGUAAGAGAAAAUCUUAGGCUAUUUGCUAAGAUAAAGGGGAUUCAAGCACAUGAAGUGGAUAAUGAGGUACAAAGAGUUUUGCUGGAACUGGAAAUGAAAAAUAUUCAGGAUAUUAUUGUUCAAAACCUAAGUGGUGGACAAAAGAGAAAACUGACUUUUGCAAUUGCCAUUUUAGGAGACCCUCAGAUUUUCCUACUGGACGAGCCCACUGCUGGCCUGGAUCCCUUUUCAAGGCACCGGGUGUGGAAUCUCCUGAAGGAACGCAAAGCAGACCGUGUGGUCCUCUUCAGCACUCAGUUCAUGGACGAGGCUGACAUUCUGGCCGACAGGAAAGUGUUCAUCUCCAAGGGAAAGCUGAAGUGUGCAGGCUCGUCCUUGUUUCUGAAGAAGAAAUGGGGGAUUGGUUAUCACUUAAGCUUGCAGCUGAAUGAAACAUGUGUGCAUGAGAGAAUAACAUCACUUGUCAAACAGCACAUCCCUGACUCCAAAUUGUCAGCAGAAAGUGAAGGAAAACUGAACUACAUAUUACCCCUAGAAACAACAAAUAAAUUUCCAGAUCUUUAUAGGGAUCUUGAGAAAUUUCCAGAUCUGGGAAUCGAGAACUAUGGUGUUUCUAUAACAACACUGACUGAGGUGUUCCUGAAACUGGAAGGAAAGUCAACAAUUGACCAGUCAGAUGCCGGUGUGUCAGAAGAUGUACACGCUGGAGGGACAAGGGGCACGAGGAGGACGGCUAAUAUGGAACAACUUGUCUCUUUACUUAAUGAUAAGAGUAAGAUGAAAACGGGCAUGGCUCUCUGGUGGCAGCAGCUCUGCGCGGUCACCAGGCUUCGCUUCUUGAAGUUAAAGCACGAAAGGAAAUCUGUCUUCUUUCUGAUUCUGAUUUUGGGGGUUGGACUUCUGCAUAUUUUGUCAGAUAAUGUUCACAGGAUAAUAAAUCAAAGUGAUUACUGUUGGGAGCUGUCUCCUCAUCUGUACUUCCUCACUCCUGGCCAACAUCCCCAGGAGCCCCUCACUAACCUACUGAUCAUCAACAAAACAGGAGCAAAGAUUGAUGACUUCAUACGCUCACUGGAGCAGCAGAACAUAGGUUUAGAAGUUGAUGCCUUUGGGACUAGAAAUGGCACAGAAGACACUUUGUACAAUGGAGCGAUCAUAGUAUCAGGUGAUGAGAAGAAUUACAACUUUACACUAGCAUGCAAUGUCAAGAGACUGAAUUGUUUUCCGGUUCUGGUGGACAUUGUGAGUAACGCUCUGCUUGGACUGUUCACACCAUCGGCACGCAUUCACACUGACCGCAGCACGUACCAUGAGGAUGAAGAACACUUGCGAUUUGAUUACAUGUUUUAUUUCUUCUCAUGGAUCAUCCUCAUGGCCUCUGUUCCUCCUUACAUUUCCAUGACCAGCGUUGAUGACUAUAAGAACAGAGCUCAGUUCCAGCUGUGGAUUUCCGGUCUCUGCCCAUCUGCAUACUGGUUUGGGCAGGCUCUGUUUGAGGUUCCAAUCUACUGCUUGCUCAUUUUUUCUAUGUAUGUCGCAUUCAAUGCCUGGGCCCCUCAAGAGAGGAUGUUUACAACCAGAGAUCUGUUUAUUCAGAUUCUCUAUGUCGGUGGUUACGCCAUGUCAAUGUGCUCUAUGACCUAUGUGAUUUCAUUCGUUAAUCGCAAGGGGAGGAAAAAUAGUGGUAUUUGGUCACUUUGCUUCUAUAUUGCCACUCUAUUUUCUACAGGGGUUAUGCUUAUUGAGUUCCUUCGAGAUCUCGCAGUGUUUUGUCUCACUGCUUUCGUUCCACCUGUUACGCUGGCGGGCUGCACAUUAAUACACUUUGAGAGGAGUCAGUUUGAUGAAAUGAUGGAUCUAGGUCCAGAAAAGAAAUAUUCCUUUCUGUUGUUCGUCGUACCUUUUCUUCAUUUUGCCAUCUUCGUAGUUAUUCUUCGAUUCCUGGAAAGCAAGUUUGGAAUGAAAACAAUGAGAAUGGAUCCUGUCUUUAGAAUUUCUUCAAGAAAAGGUCGUGUACUUAACAAUCCAGAAGAACCAGAAGAGGAAGAUGAAGAUGUGCGUCAGGAAAGAGCACGGACAGCAAAUGCCUUGACUUCAGCGGACUUCCAUGAGAAGCCAGCCAUCAUUGCCAGCUGUCUCCGCAAGGAGUACAGGGGAAAGAAGAGAUGCUUCAUCUUUAAGGGCAAGAAGAAGAUAGCAACGAGAAAUAUCUCUUUCUGUGUUCGAAAAGGUGAGGUUGUGGGAUUAUUGGGACACAAUGGAGCUGGUAAAAGCACAUCCAUUAAGAUGAUAACUGGAGAAACAAAUCCAAGUGCUGGACAGGUGUUGCUGAAAGGGAACAGCAGAGGGGACACCCUGGGGUUCCUGGGGUACUGUCCUCAGGAGAAUGCUCUGUGGUCCAACCUGACGGUGAGGGAACACCUGGAGCUGUUUGCUGCCAUAAAGGGGAUGAACAAAAGUGAUGCCACAGUGGCCAUUGCGAGGUUGGCGGAUGCGCUCAAGCUGCAGGACCAGCUGAAGUCUCCUGUGAAGACCCUGUCUGAGGGAGUGAAGAGAAAGCUCUGCUUCGUGCUGAGCAUCCUGGGGAACCCGUCUGUGGUGCUUCUGGAUGAGCCUUCGACCGGGAUGGACCCUGAGGGGCAGCAGCAAAUGUGGCAGGCUAUCCAAGCCAUCUUUACAAACACAGAGAGGGGUGCCCUCCUGACCACACAUUACAUGGCAGAGGCUGAGGCUGUGUGUGACCGCGUGGCCAUCAUGGUGUCUGGAAGGCUGAGAUGUAUUGGGUCCAUCCAACACCUGAAGAGCAAAUUUGGCAAAGAAUAUCUGCUGGAGAUGAAGGUGAAGAACCCUUUGCAGGUGGAGCUCCUCAACACGGAGAUCAUGAGGCUUUUCCCCCAGGCUGCUCGGCAGGAAAGAUACUCUUCUCUGAUGGUCUACAAACUGCCCAGGGAAGACGUGCAACCUUUAUCCCAAGCCUUCUUCAAAUUAGAGACUGUUAAACAGAGCUUUGACCUGGAGGAGUACAGCCUCUCACAGUCCACCCUGGAACAGGUCUUCCUGGAGCUCUCCAAGGAGCAGGAGCUGGAUGUUUUUGAGGAGGAACUAGAUCCUUCAGUGAAGUGGAAGCUCCUCCCACAGGAAGAAGCUUAACACAAAAGCUUUAAGCUAUGGAUGUUUUUCCCAUCUAGUAGCAUAAAGUAAUGUUAUCUUCAGUGCUACAUAUCCAUUAUCAAUGAGUAAAUCAUUUGACCAUGGAGAUAGAAGGUGCUGAUUACACCAUGAGUAUACUGUUCUUAUGAAUGGGAUUAAGAUCAUAAUAAGAGCCAUGGACCUAGCUCAUUCUCUACAAAUUCUCUUUAUAUUAUCACCAUUUUAAAACACAUUAAUUGUAUUCAUUAAUGAGUUUAACUGUGACAUUUCAGUACAGGUAUGUAUUGUGCAUAAAGGAUAUCAGCCCUCGUUUCUGUCCUUUCUCACCAUUCUUCCCUCAGUCCCCUUCAGCAUCCUUUAUGUCCUACUUCCCAUAUUGUGUUUUGUGUAUUUCUACAUAUAACAGAAAGCUCGUACUUCUUGA